UAGAAACUCCUAUUCCAAUCCAAGUUUCUUUGCCCGCCAAAUUCAAGCUCAAGCAUUAAGAGUAGCAUAAGGGUAUGGAGAUCAACAAACCAAUCCUCUAUAUUAAUCUUUUGGCAUUGCUAGUAUUGAGUUUUGCCACCACAAUCCUUAAGAAGCGUCGUCUACGUUUCAAGAAAAGAACACCACCUUCCCUUCCACCUGGCCCGAUGGGCUACCCUAUCGUCGGCUGCCUACCUAAAUUGAUCAUGAACAAGCCAGCAUUUCAAUGGAUACACCAACUCAUGCAAGAAAUCAACACAGAAAUAGCAUGUAUCCGCCUUGGUAACGCCUAUGUUAUCCCUGUCACUUCUCCUGAACUCGCUCGGGAGUUCUUGAAGAAAGAAGACGUAAAUUUCGCCUCCAGGCCCGAGGCCUUGUCAGCCAAGCUGACAAGCAACGGGUACCUGACAGCAGCCUUUUGUCCUAAUGGUGAUCAAUGGAAGAAAAUGAGAAGAGUUAUUGCCUCAGAAGUGCUUUCACCGGCAAUGCACCGAUGGCUCCACAGAAAAAGAUGUGAAGAAGCUGAUCAUGUGGUGAGAUAUGUAUACAAGCAAUGCCAAAGUCCAAUCAGGAAUGGGCUUGUGAAUGUGAGAGUUGUGGCACAGCAUUAUUGUGGGAACCUGACUAGAAAUUUGAUUUUCAGUAAGAGGUUUUUUGGGACAGGAAUGGAGGAUGGAGGCCCUGGAGUAGAAGAGAAAGAGCAUUUGCAUGGACUCUUCACAAUCUUGAAACAUGUUUAUGGGUUCGGAGUUUCUGAUUAUCUUCCAUGGUUGGAGGUGUUUGAUCUGGAUGGGCAUAAAAGAAUUCUCAAAACUGCUUUGAAAAGUAUGAGCAAAUACCAUGAUCUAGAAAUUAAUAAGAGGGUUGAGGUGUGGCGACAAGGGAUGAAGAACACAGAAGAGGAUAUCCUUGAUGUUUUAAUUAACCUCAAGGACUCAAACAACAAUCCUUUGUUGUCAACUCAAGAGAUAAAAGCACAACUUAUUGAAAUAAUGCUUGCCUCAGUUGAUAAUCCAUCAAAUGCAGUCGAAUGGGCUCUUGCAGAGAUGAUCAAUCAACCGAAUAUUCUUAAUCGAGCUUGUGAAGAAUUGGACCAAGUUGUAGGCAGGGACAGACUGGUAGACGAGUCCGAUUUAUCAAAGCUAAACUAUGUGAAAGCUUGCGCGAAGGAGGCAUUUAGGUUGCAUCCUAUGGUGCCUUUCAAUGUCCCACAUGUAUCCAUUGAAGAUACAGUCGUGGGUGGUUAUUUCAUCCCUAAAGGUAGCCAAGUGUUGUUGAGUCGUCUCGGGCUAGGGCGAAACCCUAGAGUUUGGGAAGACCCUCUAGUCUACAAGCCAGAACGUCAUAUCGUCGAUAAGGACUCAGAAGUCGUGCUCGUGGAUCAUGAGUUGCGCAUGAUAUCAUUCAGUACAGGAAGGCGAGGAUGUCCAGGCAUUGUGCUUGGUUCGACCAUGACUACAAUCCUUUUGGCUAGGCUUAUUCAGGGAUUCAAUUGGACGACACCACCCACCGGAUCAAUCAAUAUCGACUAUGCUGAGGCCGAGCCAUUGAUUGCUCAUGCAGUGCCGCGAUUGGCACCACAUGUUUAUCACGAGCUCAUGUACUAG